UAGGUAUAUACCUGUCGUAACUAAGGUUGCGCGCACUUACACCUUAUUCAAGAUGGCAACCUACAUUGGUCUUGGGUUUGAUUGUGAAGAUAAUCUUAAUGAAGUUUACAGAAAACCCCGGAUUUUCCGCGACCGUUCGCGUAAGUUAGACACAUUGGACGACGAUGAACUGAUCUCUCGUUAUAGAAUGCCUCGUCAUGCUAUCUUUAAAUUAGUAUCUCUUGUUGAGGCUGAUUUGGUUCGGGAGACCCAGCGUUCGGUGCCCCUCUCACCUGAAAUACAGGUGAUGGUUACCCUCCGCUUUCUUGCCAAAGGCAGUUUCCAGUCUGAGCUGGCGGAUAUGCACGGCAUUGUGCAAUCCAGCGUAUCGAUCGCGAUUCGAAACACUAUUGAACAACUUUGUAAAGUCCUUGAUUUGAUCAAGUUUCCCAAAGACAGGUCUUCGUUGAGACAACUAAAAGAGAAGUUCCACAGGAAAUUCGGUUUUCCGAAUGUGCUUGGCUGUAUCGACGGGACUAUAGUGGCCAUCAAACGCCCCCCUGCAAAUGAAGAGGUCGCCUACGUGUGUCGGAAGGGCUAUCACGCAAUCAAUAUACAGGCCAUCUGUGACCCUGACAUGCGCUUCCUGAAUAUUGUUUGUAAAUGGCCUGGUUCUACACACGACUCCUUCAUAUUUGCAAACAGCCGAAUUGGAUCACACCUGGAAGCCCAUAAAGACGAUGGAUGGUUACUAGGAGAUUCUGGAUACCCAUGCAGACCGUGGCUGCUCACACCACUGGCCCAGCCUCAGACCCGUGCGGAGGAAAGAUACAACAGUAGCCACUGUCGAACCCGAAACACCAUCGAGAGAGCUUUUGGUCUCUUGAAGUCCAGAUUUAGAUGCAUCCACAAGUCUGCAGGCUGCCUGUGGCAUGGGGUAAAACAGUGCCACAAGAUUGUGUAUGCAGCUGCACAGCUGCAUAACUUUGCCAUUGACUUGAGAUUACCCACACCACCUGUUGACGAGGACGACACGGAUGAUGCAGAUGACACUAUCCCUGCUCCUUGUCAUGCACAAGACGGGUACCGUGUCAGGAGGCAGCUCAUUGAAAAUGUAUUUGCUAAAAAUACAUGUCGAUAAGAGCCAGCUUUUCCUCCUCCACUGCCAGUCUCCUCCUCUCCACACUAAGCAGCUCAUUCUGAGUGUCAAAAGGGAAGCCAGCAC